AUGGAGGAAUCUAUCAGCUCAUCUCGGACUACUGCGUUCUACGGCACCAGCUACUACAGCCACCACCACCAAGAACAACAACAAUCUCCUGCUCUUGCUCCUGCAUCUGUUGCGGCGGCGGCGACGUCUGAUUUCGAGGACGCCGACAGCGGCUGGACGGCCUACUUCCUGCAGCUAGCCUCUGACGAGGAGGAGGACGCGUCGGCGUCCAACAGAGAGAAGCAGCAGCUGCGGGAUGUUGGCGGCGUCCUCUGUGGAAGAGGAAGUGCCUCCACCUCCACGGUCUCCAAGCCCAACAAAGCCAAGGAUAAUAAGGAGGCGGUGAAGGGGGUGAAGAAGAAGACCAAGGACGAGGUACUUCAUCUUGUCGGAACCACCGGAAUUCUAGAGGAGGAAGAUCCACUGCAGGACACCGCUUCCUCUCCACUUGUGCAGCUAAAUAUAAACGGAGACCUGCAGAUUGUGCUAAACACUUCAAAUGGAUCAAGAGUCGCGCAUCUGGUGAACAGGCAGAAAAAAGUUUCAGAGCUGCUUGUAGAAGAACUAAAACAUAGAGAAGAGGAGGCAACACAAGCCCAGCAAGAGACUCAUGUUAAGUUGCUCGAGGCCUAG